AUGACUGUAUCCCAGAAACCGCUCCUGCUGGUAGUCGCCGCCGCCCAAAACAACGGCAUUGGCAUCAACAACGACCUGCCCUGGCGCCUGCGCAAAGACAUGGCGUUUUUCAACCAGGCCACCACCACCACCACGCAAACCGACCCCUCGCGCCCGGUCAUGAACGCCUGCAUCAUGGGCCGCCGCACCUGGGAGUCGAUCCCGCCCAAGCACCGGCCGCUGAACAACCGCUACAACAUCGUGGUAUCGCGCAAUGCCUCGCUGCUGGACAACGAAGAUGCCCCGCAUAUUGAGCAGCUACGCAGCGUGUGCAUUGAGCGCGUGUGUGUGGUGGGCGGCAGCGGCAUCUACAAGGAGGCGCUGGAGGCACAAGGCCCGGUGCAGGUACUGCUGACGCGCGUGCAGUUUGCAGAGGCAGACAAGUGCGAUGCGUUUUUCCCAGAGUUCAGCUCCGAGGUGUUUGCCAGGCAGACGCACGAGCGUCUGGAGCAGGUCGCCGGAAUGGUAUCAGGCUACGAGUUCACGCUGCACGAGAAGUUCUAA